AUGAGUUCGCCAAAAGAAAGUCGGUCUCAGGCUUCGACCGCGGUCAGCGUUGAGAAUACAAGCGAAGUAGAUGAGAGCACAAAACCCGAUUUUAUAUACGGCGGGCCUUUUAUAAAAGUAGAAAAACCAAAUCCGUUCAUAGAUACAGCUACACCAAUCAAUCUUCAGCUGCAAGGCACUUUCAAAAAGAGUUUCGCGUACUAUUCACUCAGAGAGCGUAUGCCUGUCAUAUUAACGAAGGUCAUAGACUAUCUGUCUAGGGAGGGGAAUAAGAUAAAAACGAAACAUGGCGCUACUGAUGAGGAUGUAAGGAGUUUAAUACAGUACAUAAACAAAUUAAAAAAUGACCUUAUCACGAAUAAGAAAUAUGACCCGCUCACCGUCGAUACGCCUGAAGCGAGGAAUUGGAACAAGUGGAUCGAGGAGACCGACUCCCAGUGCUACUUCCUCAACACCUGGGUAUUCACCGAAUGUUACGUUUAUAGGAGACUGAGGGAAGGCUGCGAGCUAACCAACGGCCUUCAAAACUUUGAUCCUUUCGAUGAACAGAAGGAGAGAUCCUUUCAGAAUAGCUUAGAGCCAAUGUGCGUGGUCGCCGAGAAGUUAACGACAAUGCUGCAAAAUGGUGACAAGGAUAAGAGAAAAGCGGACUUUGUUACAUUGCUCAAGAUUUGUUUAUGGGCGAACAAAUGCGACCUUUCCUUGUCUAUGGGCGAGCAAGUGUCUUUAAAAUCGGACGUGCUAAACAACGAUGCUAAUAAAACUACUACCCCGUGUAUGGGUACCAUUGAUCCGUUUCAAAUGAUUUUGGACUUAAAGGAUAAGGUGUUGGUCGAUGAAUCUAGUAAAAUAUACGACCGAGUCAUCGCGAAGGCCGAGGUCAUGGCGAAAGCUAUAUCGGCGGAACCGGAAGUGCAAAGCGUGAGUAGCGAAAAGGGAUCCCCCACGGCAUCCCCACCAGUGGAAGAAGAAACCAAAGAAGGGGAGGAACUCCCAAAAAUUCCUUGUCCAUCGAAAAUGACCACACCUGAUGCUGUUAUGUUUGAUAUUGUAUGUGACAACGCCGGCUACGAGUUAUUCUCGGACUUGUGCCUAGCACAUUUCCUAAUAGCACAAGAAAUUGUUCAGAAAGUUCGAUUCCAUGUAAAGAAGAUACCUUGGUUUGUUUCUGAUGUAACUCCAAAUGACUUCAAAUAUGUCAUAGAAUCUUGCAGAACUGCAGAUUACAAAAAAGAAAUGGCGCUAGAAAUUCAACCAGAGGCUCCAGAGGGCGAAGCACCCGAAAACGCCCGAAGUGUAUUGAACGCGGACACUUUGAGACAACUUGGGGAAGCCUGGACGAAGUUCCUGGAAGACGGCACAUUUGUCGUUAUGUGCGAUGAUUUCUGGACGUCUCCGCACGUGUAUAAGGAUAUGAAGAAAUACGACCCCAAUUUGUACAGAAAGCUUCAGUUCGCGGUCGCUGUUUUGUUUAAGGGCGAUCUCAAUUACCGCAAGUUGCUCGGCGAGAGGAACUGCAACCCGACGCUCGGGUUCGAAGCCGCUUUACAAGGGUUUAUGCCAGCGCCACUAAUAGCCCUGCGCACUGUGAAAGCUGAUUUAAUUUGCGGUCUGCCAAAAGGCAAGUUUGAGCAACUGAACAAGUUCGACGAGAAGUGGAUGGAAAAAGGCGAUUAUGGAGUGAUCCAGUUCUGCCCUAAGAGUGAAGCACUGAAACCUUCGGAUCGUCCUUGUGCGGAAUAUGGCGCCGAGUGCCGAGGGGUUGUUUGUGCGCAGCAUUAG